ACUUCAAAACACAAGACGGAAGGUUGUUUCGUGCGGAAAUUUUGUCUUUUUUCUUUGCGCAAACCUUUGAAAAUCGUCGCAUGGCGCGAACAAAGCGUUCACGACGGUCCAGCAAGAAAGACGCCGGUGUUUCGGUGACCAAAAAGGGAAAAAGGUCUGAAGACGAAGAAAGUGAAGGAUGUAGCACAGUAUUUGAGCAGCUCGGUACCUCUGCUGGAAUGUGUUUUAAACGUGGUGACAAUCAAGAUGAAAUAGCUGUUGAUGUACCAAUAUUUCAGAAACAUUUACUUGAAGCCAUUAAGAGCCAUAAGAAUUAUCCAAAGAUUAUUGAGGAAUUUGUAGAAAGUCUUCAAGAAAGAUGUGAAUCACCAGAAAGGUUUCGACUGAGUUUGCUGCCAAUCCAUAUUUCAGAGGAUAGUGAAGGAAGCAUCCAUGGACACAGCCAAGAAAGUUUAAUGAGAAUUUUAUUGGCGAUAGACAUUUUACAGGUAAAUGACAACAACAAUUGCAGCAACCAUGACAACAGCAAGAGCAAAAGUGACAACAUCAACAUUAGUAGCAGCAACAAAUUCAUCAUUGCAUCAUAA